CUGUCUCUCUCUGUUUCUCUGCAAAAAGUAAGCGAAAGUGAUCGAGCGAGAGUAUUGAGUUCAACGAUUGAGCCAUUGAUUUUCUCUGCAACGAUUGAGCGAGUGAUUUUCUGGGUUCUCUCUCUGUAACGACUGUGUGAAAUUUUGGGUUCUGAAAUCAAGAAUGGCGUGGUCUGCUAUAAAGCGCAGACAAUUGGAGGAUGGUUUUGGUUCCUUUGAGUUUCAGUUUCAGACCCAGAAGAGGAUAAGGUCUUCUAGGGUUUCUGAGACCCAACGGAAUGUAGCCGUUGAGGGCAAGUCGACCGUUGGUCUUCCUCUGCGCAAGGGUUUGGCUUCGUCUGCUACAAAAAAUGCCGACCCAGAAUCAGAAGAUCUGGGUUUUGAUGAAAUCUGUCAGACCCAGAAGAGGAAGAGGUCUUCUAGGGUUUCUGAGACCCAACGGAAUGUAGCCGUUGAGGAAAAGUCGACUGUUGGUCUUCCUCUGUGCAUGGGUUUGGCUUCGUCUGCUACAAAAAAUGCCAACCCGGAAUCAGAAGAGGGUUUUGAUAAAAUCUGUCAAACCCAGAAGAGGAAGAGGUCUUCUGGGUUUUCUGAGACCCAUCGGAAUGUAGCCGUUGAGGAAAAGUCGACUGUUGGUCUUCCUCUGUGCAAGGGUUUGGCUUCGUCUGCUACAAAAAAUGCCAACCCGGAAUCAGAAGAGGGUUUUGAUGAAAUCUGUCAAACCCAGAAGAGGAAGAGGUCUUCUAGGGUUUCUAAGACCCAACGGAAGGAAAAGUCGACUGUUGGUCUUCCUCUGUGCAAAGUCAAAGGUUUGGCUUCGUCUGCUUCAAAAGAGACGUUGGAUUGUUCUAAGGUCUUGGCUUCUCUGAUGAACCUCGGCCAUGCGAGCUACUUCAACAAGCCUGUUGUUGAUCCUGUGGCUGAGAAUCUGCCGGGUUAUUUCGACGAAAUCUGGAGGCCGAUGGAUUUGGGUACUGUGAAAUCGAAAUUGGAGAGGGGUGUCUACUCCAGCGCUGAUGACUUUGCUGCUGAUAUCAGGCUUAUCUUCUCAAACGCUUUCAGAUAUUUCCCCCUUGGGAGUAGAAAUCGUGCAGCAGCCAAGCAUCUCAGUGGGGUUUUUGAGACCCAAUGGAAAGAAGCCGAGGAGAAAAUGUCAAAUGCUGCUUGUCCUCCUCCUACUCCUCCUCUGCCCGAACGGAGACCAAAUGGCAAGAGCUCUUCUGCUUGUACGGUUCUUAUGCAAAGUCAAGGGGUUGUUGGGGUUUCUGAUUCUCACUCAGUUAAGUCAACCAAAGAUGACGACUUGGGCACCCUUGUUCAUCAAGCCAUGUAUCAGGCCACAGACAAUACCCUUGUUCAUCAAGCCAUGUAUCAGGCCACAGACAAUCUUUCUCCAUGUAAGGCUAGGCGAAUUCAGUCGCUCAAGAUGCGAUUUGCAGGUACAAUACGGAAAGCAAACAAGAUACUAAAGGGUCUACCUGAUUCUCCACCAAGGAGAAAAUUGAUGCAUCGGAUGGAGCAAAGGGAAUCGGCUCGCCUUGCUAUUUUGAACAUGGAGAAGUCAGUCCAAUUUGAGGACCCUUUAAAGGAUCUCAAACAACUUGAGAUUCUGUGUGGCUGUGGCAGUGAAAAGGUCUACCUUGGAUUGCCUCUUAAGCAUUUGGGUUUGUACCUCAAGGAAGAUGACGAGUUGCAGGGUCAGGACGAGGAGGCGUUUCUGAAUGGAGAUUGGGAGGAAGGCGAGAUCUGCUGGCAGGAGGGCGAUUGGGAGGAAGGUGAGAUCCGCUCAUGAAGUACAGUUUUUGUGUGAUUGCUAUUUGAUGGCUAAUGCAACUGAGAGCGAAUGGUUUGGGCAUGAGGGACAAAAGUAUGUAAGUUUGCAAUAAAACUGAAAUCAAAUCACACGGAAGCUUAUCAAGAACUUGGAGACAA